GGCGCGAAGCCCCGCCGCGCCCGGGGUGGAGCGGGGAGCGGGCGCGGCGCGGGAGGCAGGAGGCAGAUGCUUCCCGAGGCGCAGCCCCGCCGGAGGGGCUCGACCCUGCCUAGUGCCUGUCCGCCCCCUCCGGGACGCGGGGACCCACCGGGCGGGCGUCGGGGAGCGGGCAGCGCCAUGCGCCCCUCCGAGGAGUGAAGGGGCGGCCGGGCUGCUCCGGUGCGGGCGCGGAGCCGCCGCCGAGGUGGCCCGAGGUGACGGGAGGCCGGGAGAGGCGCCGCGCCAGCGUCCGUAGCGCUGCCACCAAGGGUCAUCUACAAGGUGUCUCUCCAAGAAGACUCCACAAUGAAAAAAACAACCCAGUGUUGCUUCUUACUCAUCAUCCUUCUAACUAGAAUUGUUCCAAGUCUUUCUUCUGCUGUAAAUUAUACUGAUCCUACAUUAGAGCCUGUAGUAACUGAAAAUUCAGUCAUACGGCAGAAGAUAAUAGAUUCGCAGUUCAAAUGUUAUGAGAGGAUGAACAGAGCUCCUCCAUACAAGAAAAAAGGUCUGUUCUGCAACCGAACAUGGGAUGGCUGGUUGUGCUGGGAUGACACACCUGCUGGAAGGCUCACUGCUCAGAAUUGUCCAGAUUAUUUUCCAGACUUCGAUCCAACUGAGAGGGCCUCAAAAUACUGUGAUGAAACUGGAAAUUGGUUUCGCCAUCCUGAGAGCAACCGAACUUGGUCCAACUACACCCUGUGCAACUCUUUCACCUCUGAAAAAUUGAAGAUGGCGUUCAUACUUUAUUAUAUGGCGAUCGUUGGCCACGCUUUGUCUAUAACAUCCCUGUUGAUUUCCUUGGCAAUUUUCUUCUAUUUCAAGAGCCUCAGCUGUCAAAGGAUAACACUGCAUAAGAAUUUGUUCUUUUCCUAUGUGCUGAACUCCAUGUUUACAAUUGCCCACCUCAUUGCUGUCGUCCCUAACCCAGGCCUUGUAAAAAGGGACCCUGUGAGCUGCAAAGUGCUGCAAUUCUUUCAUCAGUACAUGCUGGGCUGCAACUACUUCUGGAUGCUGUGUGAAGGCAUUUAUCUCCACACGCUGAUCGUGGUGGCAGUGUUUGCUGAAGAACAGCGUUUGCACUGGUAUUACCUCUUGGGCUGGGGGUUCCCUUUAGUGCCAGCAUCCAUUCAUGCAGUUGCAAGAGCCAGAUACUUCAAUGACAACUGCUGGAUGAGCGUUGACACACACUUGCUUUAUAUUGUUCAUGGACCUGUAAUGGCAGCUUUAUUGGUCAAUUUCUUCUUUUUGCUGAACAUUGUCCGAGUUUUGGUGACAAAGCUGAGAGAUACCCACCGUGCUGAGUCCAACAUGUAUAUGAAAGCUGUCAGAGCUACUUUAAUCCUGGUGCCCUUGCUGGGAAUUCAGUUUGUUAUUAUUCCCUGGAGACCAGAAAACCGACUUGCUGGAGAAAUAUAUGAUUACAUCAUGCACAUACUAAUGCAUUACCAGGGCUUACUUGUGGCUACCAUAUUCUGCUUCUUCAAUGGUGAGGUGCAAGGAGCUCUGAAGAGGCAGUGGGCGCAGUACAAGACGCAGUGGGGCCAGCGGCGCCGGGAGCACUGCUCCACGCGAUCUACCUCCUACACGGCCACGUCCAUCACUGAGGUCCCUGUGUACCUGUACCACCACGAUGCCAACAAUGAACACUUAAAUGGCAGAUACGCAGAGGACUCUGAACUCGUUGCAUUAAAAUCUGGAGACACGUCUGCCUAGCUCAGCACCAGCCGCUGCAAACACAUUGUUUCAUGUUCUGCUUGUGAGAAAACUGGGGAGAAGGGUGGGAGUGUGGAAAUCCAAGAUGCUGUAUCAGAGUGCAGGCCCAGGCAGAAGGACACAUCCUAUCCAAACCACAUCAACCUCUGACAGCAAUGAUGUAGAGGGAGUGUGAUGCAGACCUGGCAUAGCAUUUCUUCCUGCGCACUGCAGAAGGGAGUGAACAUGGACCUGCCCACCAGGCUCUGUAAUCUCCACAUCUCCUGAUACCUGUAUGAAGUGACCAUCUGACAUUUGUAACAGCCCCAGGCAGCCAAUAGCAAAUAGGAAAGAAAGAAACCAGUAUGUGGCAACUGGAAACUUUCAGCAGUUUUUGCUUUUGGUACUUUUCAUUAACACUAGAUUUUAAACCAUCAACUUUCACAAAGUGUAGCUGACUUGGAGUCAUUCAUUUUUCCUUUUAAAUGAGCUUGAUAGCUGCUUAAAAGAUUUUACACAUUGCAAGAAAAAUCAACCAUGAACAACAGAAGGACAUUCCAAAGUAUUGAAAUCUUGGUGCUUUCCAAAGAAUGCCACAAAAUAAUACCACCCCCAAAGGAUACCCCAAAAUAUUACCAUCCCUUUAGCAGGGGCAUAAAGCAAAUUAGAUGAAAUAGUCAUUGCAUACCAAGAUCUCGAACACCCUCAGAGAUACAAAUCAAUUCUUCAGGCUUAAUGACACAAGUCCUGAAGGCAUCUCAGAAUAGAUUUCAUUUAACAAUACUGGUAGUUCAAGAAUGUGUAUUUAUAGGAAAAAUUGUCACCCUAUUACUCUACCCAGAAACUCUUCAUUAAGACUCAAUUCUCUCACUCUGAAUAAACUUUGAAAUCA